AUGGCCGCCAGGCACUUCCCGUCUUGGGCAGACCUUCACCCAGAGCUCCUUGGCCUCGUGAUCGGGCGGCUCCCCCUAGCCGACCGUGUCCGGCUUGGAGCAGCCUGCCGGCCAUGGCGUCGCGCAGCCCGGCAGGAGCCCCUACCCCCUCCGCUACCGUGGCUGACCCUCCUCGACGGCACCUUCCUCAGCAUUCCCGGCGGCGAGGUCCACCGCAUGCCCAUCCCGGAGGAGGACGCUUCCUGCUACGGCUCCAUGGGGAACUGGCUCCUCCUCAGGCGCUCCGUCGGCGAGUUCUCGCUGGCGAACCCUUUCUCCGGCGACGCCGUGCGGCUUCCCGAGAUAGCCUGCCCACCGGGAAGCCUGACCUCCGUCAAGCCGAUGCCGAUUUCGACGUCGACGCCGGACCUAUCACCAGAUUCUUCCCCUUUUGCUGUGCUGACCAAGGGCGGCGGUUUCAGGAGCGAGAUUUCUGUUUGCCGGCCCGGGACGACUGCCGCCACCGCAUUCAGUUUCCCCGUCCGCGAGCGCAUAUCUGACGUCGCAUUCUUCGACGGGAAGCUGUACGCUCUCUCAUUCGGCAAACUCUUCGUCCUCGACCUCGAGACUACUGGUUCGACCUACCUAGGCAAGCCAAGAAGAUCAGUCCCAUCCAUGAAACGCGUAGCCGGCGCUGUCGACGAUCCAUGGCCCACGUGCCGCUCCAUUGCUGGCGAGCGUUAUGUCUGCGCGUACUGGAGCUACCUCGUUGAAUCCAGCGGCAAGCUUCUGCAGGUACGGCGGCUGAUCGGAUGCUUGGCCACCCUGCCGAAGGAGGAGAGGGUGGAGAACAGCCGCACCCUCUCGUUCGAAGUCUUUGAGGCCGACUUGGUGGUGGGCAAGUGGAGGAGGGUCGAUGAUCUGGGAGGCCACCAGGCGCUCUUCGUGGCCACGCAGUCGUCCAUGUCCCUCCCUGCUCCCGAGUGCGGAGCUCGGGAGGACUGCAUCUACUUCGUGUGCGACUAUGACAUUGGGAACUGGGAGGCGGAUCCCCUCCGCGACUGCGGCGUGUUCGACAUGAGGACCGGGACGAUCACGCCUCUGCUGCCGGAUGGUGUGGUGGUGCGGCGACAGGGGCGCAGAGCGCUCCCAGCGUGGUUUUUCCCUACUAAAGCCAUGUGA